AUGGCCGGCUCUGUGCCAGUCCCUCCCAAGAAAAGCAAUACAGCAGCAGAAAAGCGUAAACUCCGCAAUCGGCUGUCUCAGCAGGCAUUCCGUGCUCGUCAAAACCUUGAAAUCAGCGAACUGAAGCAGCAGCUUGCAUUGUUCUCUGGUUCCGAGAGCGAUCGCAACGCUAGCCUCGUGGCAGAGAAUCAAAGACUACGACAACUACUAUGGCAAUCCGAGAAGAAACUUCGAAGCUUGCAAGCCUCGCUCAAAGGGAUCCUCGACAGCAUGGCAGACGCUAGGGACAAUGACUUUGUAAGUGCCAUCGUCAAGUAA